AUGAAGUUUGCCAAAGUGCUUGAGUAUUUACACGACAGCUCGUUCAAUAGGAAAACCUUAGGGUUGAACGACAAUAGUAUGAUUAUCAGAUGGAGGUUUUCUGACUUGAUAUUGGUGAAUGUGUUGGCUGUACUUUACACCUUUGUCAACGGCAUGGAGCCGUUUGAACGACAAUUCACCUUGAAUGAUGUCACAAUUCAACAUCCAUUUGCAGAGAGAGAACGUGUGAAUCUCGCGGAAUUAUUCAUAUACGCGACCGCGGUUCCCUUGGCCACCAUAACCACCUUGGGUAUAUUACUCACAAAACCAAAGUAUAAGAUUUACAAUACGUUUGUUGCGUUACUUGGGUGUUUGUUGUCGAUUUUGAUCACUGGUAUAUUCACCGAUUUUAUAAAGAAUUAUAUCGGGAGACUCAGGCCAGACUUUUUGGCCAGAUGUAUCCCCAAACCAGGCACCCCCACCGACGUAUUAGUAUUCGCUAAAGACGUAUGUACUAGCACCGACCGGAAAAAACUCUUGGAUGGAUUUAGAACGACUCCAUCCGGUCACUCCAGUUUAAGUUUCUCUGGAUUGUUCUACUUGACACUCUGGUUACUGGGCCAGCUCGUCAGUGUUCACACUCAAGUAGGCUCAUGGAGAACCACUGUGUGCUGGGUACCCUCUUUAGGAGCAUUGCUUAUCGCGUUAAGUAGAACUGAAGAUUAUAGACACCAUUUCGUGGAUGUUAUAAUCGGGAGUCUCAUUGGGAUAUCCGUGGCAUAUUGGUCUUAUUUCAGAUUGUUUCCUAGUUUGAAACACGAUCAAAGUUAUUACAAUUUGAUGAUUAUUAAGAAAGAGGAAGGGGAAGAUGAUGAACGCGCCGAGCGUCAUCCACCUUAUCAAAGACUCGAAGUUUAG